AUGCGAUUCAGCAAGAAGGGCAAGCUGAGUUCGAGGUUCAUCGGACCUUAUGAGAUUCUGGCAAGAAUCGGGUCGGUGGCUUAUCGGUUGGUACUCCCUCCAUCCUUAGAGGGUGUGCAUGGCGUCUUCAACGUGUCUAUGUUGCAGAAGUACGUUCAUGAUCUAAGUAAUGUUCUAUCAGAAGAACCAUCGGAGCUCGUAGCUGAUAUGUCUUACAAAGUGCAUCCCGAGAAAAUCCUGGACAGCAAGAUUCUUAACCUUCAUAACCAACCCAGUCACUAUGUGAAGGUGAAAUGGUGUAACCAUCCUGUGGAGGAGGCAUCUUGGGAACCAAAAGUAGAGAUGCGGGUGAAGUACCCUUCCCUGGGUUUCUUAGAUGAUGGUGCUGCCAUGUAUGCUAGUGAGUUGUUCUCGAUGAUGGUCAAACCCAGCUACAAGAUCAUUGACUUUGACACGGAUUUUCCUAUCUAG